UUUGUGCCUCAGAGGGCAAAAAGCCUGAAGUGGAAUCAUCUCCCACGUCGGAAACCACACCACUUCUCCUACAUCCCGGUAUGGACAAUCCCACAUGCAGCCCUGCCACUUCAGUCCUCCUCCACCAGUCAUGGCUGAGAGAAGCGUUCACAAUUUCCUAACUGGCUAAUUAGAAGCAUUAGAAACAAAGAUGGGACUUUUGCACUCAAAAAAUGCUUGUAAACGCAGGGAAAGUCCAGAAGGUGGAAUUUUGGCGACAGGUUCUUUCCUCCUGCAGGGAGAGUCGACUCAUCUGAGCGAGUCAGACAGAAUCCGAAACAAGCAGGGUAUGUGUGGUACAGAGCUAAGGGAAGACCACUUCUUGGAUCAUGACUGCCCUCUGGAGGUAUUCUUGCCACCAGAGAGAGCAGCUGAAUUCCAAAGUUACAAAGUUUCACCAGAAAACGGAGACCCCUCCAGGAGGAACGCAAAAAAUGAUCACAUUGAGUGUAAUGUGCCUACAGUGGAUGAAAAUCAGCAAGAGUGGGUGUUUACUUUGUAUGAUUUUGAUAACAGUGGCAGAGUAACCAAAGAGGAUAUGUCCAGCCUGAUGCAUACCAUUUAUGAGGUAGUGGAAGCGUCUGUCAAACAGUCAGCACUCUGCGAUAGCAAAACUCUGCGUGUCAAACUGACUGUAACUCCUUCAAUCUCCAGCAGCAGAAGAGAACGAGAUGUUGGGCUUCCACAGAACAAGCAAGACCAUCUGGAGGAAAACCACAUGAUCAGAGGACAGAGCACAGAUCCUGCUAUUAGUUCUGAGAAGAAAACUUACCGCAUUGAUGAGAACACAGAACGAAGAAACCACUAUUUGGACUUGGCUGGGAUUGAAAACUACACUUCCAGAUUUGAUGCAGACCACACAUUCCAGUUACCCUAUGAGGAUCAGUGUCAGGACAGCCCUGCACAUGGCAAUCGCUCUACCCACCAUCGAUGGUCUCAGCUUGAACGUGGCAGUCUGGGAAAGGCAGGUGACCGCCGCCUCCCCUUUCUCAGGUCUCUGCGAAGCCGCAGCAAAUCAAACAGGCUUCAUGGGCAUCACCCAGUCAGCUGGUGCUGCCCUCCUGCUCUACAGCAGCAGCAGCAGCAGCCUCUUCACUACAGUCACAGUAAGCGUGUUCAUGGCAGGCCACGUGAUGCCACAUCAGCCUCUAUGCCUUAUCCGAAGCUAGACUUUGAGCUGCAACCUGGAACAGGCAUUUCUCCUGGAGGGUUUAUGCCCAUGGCUCAGAGACAUGAGCACCAUCACCUACAUGAGCACCAUCAUCAUCAUCACCACCAUCACCAUCAUUACUAUUCCUCCUGACUGCUGCCUCUCAGAAAGAGAACCAGACUGGGAAUGAACAUUUAGCUGUUGACCCUUAAAAUUGCACAUACAAGUUUUUAUUUUAAAAAUCAUAUUUAGGGUCAGAUGGGGUAGGUCUGUCAACUGACUAAGGAAGGAAAAUAAACUAUGCAACUAUGGGUGCUAUGUGUAGUAAUACAUAACUUGCUCUUUUUCAUUAUCUACUAGUAUUAAAUAACUUUCACUACCUUAUAAUUUGAUCAAAUAUGCUUUAGUAGAUUUUGAACAAAAAUCCUAACAAUAUUGUGUGAUGAAAAAUGAUUGUAAAUAGAAUUGUGCAGAGUUUUGUCCUGGCAUAGACUAUAAUAUGUUCAUUUUUUCCUGAAAAUGUAGCUGAUAUUGCUGUUUCAGAAGACAGGUCAUAUGUUAAAGCCCAGAGGACUGAUAGAAAAUGUGUGGAUUUUCUAUAGAAAUAACCAAUCUUUUUUUAUACAACCUUUAUUAUGUAUGUUGAAAUUAUUGCAUAUGUGUGCAUUAAACGUAUAUAACAAUCAA